UCGCUACAAAGUGAAACACUGAGCAGUCAAAUGGUAUAACACAUUUUUAAAGUCGGGACCAACAGCGGCGAGAACCUGAACUAAUGCCAAUGCACACUUAAUACUUAAUUAGGAAAUACCAAGAGAGUUCAAGCUACCUUUCUUUUAACUAUGUAGUAUAUGGAAAUUGAUCUUGUUAGGAAAUCCACCUUAGGGAAAUUGUGGUAAUUUCUUUUUUUGAAUAUUUGUGAGAUUUGCAAAUAUGAUGGAUUUAAUUGACGGGUUGGAUACUCGGCUGACCAAAACCCCGAAUAAGGUGGUAGAUGAAGGCUAUCUUUCUGGUCGAAAUUCAUCCGUGUGUAGUCGCAAAAUCGUCCGGAAAAAUACGGGUACUUCGUCGGUUGUCACGGAAAAACGAUCAACAGGAAGGAAAUCUGACAACCUAAGUCGUUACACCACUCUCCUCUCUCUCGGAGAGUUUGAGAGGUGCCCUACAUGGGAGGAGGAAGAUAAAAGAUUCAUAGGAGAUAGCGCGAGGGGCACAACAGGAGAGGCAGAGAAGAACAAUGAAAAUACAAAUGACUUUAAACAUGAGUUAGUAAGUCGACAGAAAACAGAUACUACGAGUGGUUUUGGGGUUCCAUCACUUUCGGAUAGCGAUGAAUAUGAUACAGACUUAGAAGUUAUCACAUUGAAACCUACAGAUAACGAAGAUAAAUAUGUGUGUCGUAGUGUUUACCAGAAGGUGUGUGAGAAUUGUGGGGAGGCUCCACAAAGGACAGUCAACAGAGACCUGGGUCGGCGCUGUAUCGACCUAUCCCAUAGGAACCUCGGCCCUGCUGGUAUGCAACCCAUCUGUGCGGCGCUGCUGGAAAAUCUGCGAGUGGAAACGUUAUUACUAGAAGGGAUGGAUAUGAAAGACCAGGGGUGUAUGUAUCUCUCCAAUGUCCUCCUAGACAACCUCGUUAUCACACGGCUAAAUUUGUCAACCAAUAACCUUGGUAAUGAUGCCGCCAGAUAUCUUUCCGUUGCGCUGAGUAGGUCAAAAACACUACUCCAUCUGAACCUCUCAGAUAACAGACUUGGGGACGAGGCUGUAAUAUCUCUGUCAAAGGGACUAUCGAGAAAUGAUUCAUUGUUAACUUUGAACCUCAGUAAGAACAUCAUCGGAGAGGAAGGAGCGAAAGCACUCGGCGCAGCGAUGGCUGAAAAUUGUCGCCUAAAUGAACUAAACGCUAGCUGGAACUUUAUACGAGGAAGUGGUGCGGUUGGGAUUUGUAAAUCAUUCAAGGAAAACACAACACUUCACAUGCUAUACUUAGCCUGGAAUGGACUUGGAUAUGAAGGUACUGUUGCUGUCUCCGACACAUUGAGGACAAAUGAUUCCCUUCGAGAACUGGACAUCUCCAAUAAUCGACUUGACUGGAACUGUGCCGACAUCCUUGCUAAAGGUCUCAGGGCUAACGCGGAUUUGGAAGUUUUAAACAUCGGAUACAACCAUAUAACCACAACCGGAGCCAUGGCGAUAUUACAAGCGGUGGCCAACACAAGAUCAAAUUUACGUGUCCUCGAUAUGAUGAACGUGAGUAUCCUUCCGGAGUCUGAACUGCUGGCAAUGACAAUUGAACAUCGACGGAAGUUCAAACUGAUCCACGGCGGGGUUGUUCGUUCACACGACACGCUGGGAGAAAAGAAAGAAAAACCAAUUGAUGCAAUGCAGCGCAUACUGGACUAUAUGAAAACUCUAGGCCUACGUCCAGUAGAGAUGAUUCGGGAGUUUGAUAAGACUGCAAAUUACCAAAUAAGUCAGAAGGACUUUAUUGCAAGACUCAAGUCGAAAGGUAUUCCCCUGCACAAAUUUGAGAUGGAAGAUCUGGCUAAGCGAAUAGCUGGCAAAAAUGGAAAAAGUGUCAACUACAGGAAACUGGUGGAUUCCGUGAAGAAUCACGUGGUUAAGGAAAGAAACGACAAAAUAAAGAUCAGGAACAAAAAGCAGAAAAGAGAAGCCUACCACAAGAAGCUUCUUGAACUCCGCCUUCCAUCAGAGGUACUGUCGGAACCAGAGGAGGACCAAAUUGGAUCGCUGGUUGAACUUCGAUCCUCUUCUGCUGCGCUCACCCAAAGCUACAGUAGUCUACAUUCGAUGUUGUCGUCACAACGGAGCAUGAGCAAGCUGCCAUCACUGUUGUCAAGGUCAAAGGACAGUGAUUUUCCUCUGAAGACGUCACGUGGUAGUUCCGCUGUCUCCAUGUCCGGGCCUCUUAGUGGCGGAACCUAUCGGACGCCCAGGAAAAAGACACAGAGGAAGAAGCGAGGGAAUGAUUGUUUCCCAGGUGUCACUUGGACAGAUUCAGGCUUGAUUCUAUGUAAACAAUGAACAAAAAUUGAAUUGCAAGCUCUUGCUUGAUCGUAUAAUAUAACUGGGGGCCUAUUUUAGCUUGAUGGUUCCAAUUAUGUUUUUAAAUUUUGCAUUGCUACUAUAAAAAGGUCAAUCGGAACUUACUGAUAAAAGUAUUACUGUAAGAGUCCUUAAAUAUGAAAUCAUUUGACAGUAGACUCACUGUAAAAGUAGAGAGUAUGAGGUCACUCGCUCUUAAGGAAAACAUCCUACCUCUGUUCCUGCUAGUCUGAUCUAGUAAGGUGACCUUAUACUCUCUACUUUUACACUGCGCGAAUUUAGCCAUGUGAAACUACUACUUACUUGUAAAACACAAAUUUAUGGAAAUCACUCUUGUUGGCCCGGAUGGAAGCGCAUAAAUGAUGGGCCUUACUGUGGAAGAAAACCGGAAUACCCAGAGAAAUCCCAACAGGUUGGACCCGGCCGUCUAGGUGAAAGGCAUGCGUGUUACCACUGUGCCACCCGACCACCCUGACUACAAUUGCCGAUGAAAUCCAAACCAACAUUCAUUGAAACAUCGUAUAAUGCAUUCGUCCUAAUAAUCUUACUGUGAUAUAAUGUUACAAGCAUUUGACAGUGUACAUAAAUUUCAUUGUCUUUUAUUGUAUUAAAUUAUUUCCCCUCUAA